GCCAUUAUCAAAGAUGCAGUCGACCGCCAUGGAAGUGACCGAGUAGUUGCACACAUUUCUCUGUUGGAGCCAACAUAUGAUGAACAAUUCAAUCAAGGACUGAGUCCAGCCUACCAACCAAGUUUGAAGUGCGUGGCUGCCACUCCUGAGUCGCUGGCCACUUGGAUGGUCGGCAACACUCCUCCGGCUUCUAUAAAUAAUCUCAUCUUGGGAGUAGUAAAAAGUGGACGUGCAGUUUUCAUGGACUCUGUUCCGUCGGUCAACUCAAGUGAUGGUCGUGCCUACGAGAGUUCCAUACAAAGUGAAGACGAAAGACCGGGGCCGUUUGAUACGACGCAUAUUCCGUGGGACGGUUAUUGUGCGAACCUGUCUAAUGGGAGGACAGCUGAAUACACUUCGUUGCACAUGAGUUCCGAAGCAACUCACUGUAUCCACCGUUCGAUCCUUCCUAUCACCAGCCCUAAUCAUCGACGUGUUGGUGCGCUCGUUGUGGAACAACCUGGUCCACCGCACAAUCAACAGAUUUGGAAACAGGAUCUUCGGUUUUAUGAGGAAGUGGCAGCGAGGCUGGGAUACGCUUGUACGUUGGUCAAUGUCCGCAAAUGGCUAAUCAGAGCGGUGAUGAGCGCAUUCCACUGGUUCGGACAGUAUUUGGAAGAGGGUGAACGUGUGACGUUCUACUAUUUGCUUAAUCGGAGUAAAGCAGAAGGCAAAAAGGCAGCAGCCGAUGUUCCCAGUGAGAACAACCAAGUGAUUGCUAACCAUGGCGAGGUUCUAUUGCGGCUGGUAACAAAAACAUCCAAUGAAACAGUGGUGUUUCAUUCAAACCCCGAGCUGAUGACUAGGACUGGAGACUACAUCAGGUCUCACCUCUUUGAAGCAGUGGAGUACGCUGGACCAGUGGAAAGAAAAGUUUUAGGUGAACAUCACUUAACUCUUCCCCUGAUGAACAUCGGACAAGUCUUGGGAGUUGUUGAUGUACAAACGCUAAACCGGAAAGAAGGACGCGCCAAAAAUCAAACACAAGUUUUGACGAUGAUGAACAUUCUGACCAUGCUGUACAACAAGACUGCCAGGGAUGCAGGCUUGGUUCCAACGAUCCCCUGUGUUCAUGGAACGGAGUAUAACGAACGAAACCGGCUGACUGUAAUUAAACCGGAGAGUGUCUUUGAAAACAUGCUGAAAUCAGAAAUGAAGUAUCUUGCGAAUGAACUGGACUCCAAGUUUGUUCAAAGAAGGAAGCGGAACUGCCUGGCCAUCCCCAAGUAACGUUGUUGUACAGGUGGCUAAAGUGCUGUCUAUCUGCGAUGGAACUGAAGUAAACAGAAAAUACGUUUCUGCUCACCCCUUGACUCACCAUCCCAUGUCAAACCCAUGCUCAUUACAAAAAGACAAUAAUAUCCAAAUGAGUAUUAUUUAUGC